CGGCGUGGUUACGGCAUGGGGUUUGCAGUCUACCAUGUGGCGCCAGGAAUGUUUCCACAACUAUAACGUGGCCCCGACAAACUUGCCCGCACCAUUCAUCGGAAGAUGCCAACUGUCAAGUGCAAACGAUAUAUCCAUCUAGGUGGCAAACUUCUUGUUCGGUUUUGGUGAAGCACAAUAAAUUAUACUCGAUGCGGUGGCCUCAACCAGUCCCGCGACAGGCCAGAGGACUUCAAAGAAGUGCGCGGCGCCAUCACUCAGGAGUUCCACCACAUCACCUACAUAACCAUCAUUCUGCUAGUCGGCCUAUUUUCCCUUGUUAUCUGCGCCAUAAUUACGACUGGCGUGAUGCUGUACAGCACUAAGACGUUAAGCGGCCGCAAUUGUCGCCGGGCCUACGUUCUACGGUUGGUGUUUGACAGCGUCGUAGGGCGCUGGACCGAGUCCUCGGCAUCUUUUAGGGCGGAAAGGCCGACGAAUACGGCACUCCUGAAGUAGGCAGAGGGAUACUAUAUGACUAACUCCGUCGUUGAGGAGAAGGGGCAAAUGGCUGUGUCGAUGUCUCCGAAAUAUUAGGGGAGGAACCAAGGAGAAGGGAACAUGGACUGGUUAGAUUUGUUCAACAAGGUAAGGGGGAAUACAGGGCGGGGAACCGGUGUAGCGAGUGUGGAUGAAUAGAGUAUAGCCUGGUCACAUGAUCAGAACGUGGGCAUGAACUUCC